GCGGAGGAAGUUUCCGCUCUGCCCGCCACCCCGGUAGCAGCUUCGGGGCCGGGGACAGCUUCCUCCGGACGCUCCGCGGGCUUCGCUGCGGCCCCACGGCGGUCCGACGGGAUCAUGGGGUUGUCAAAGGGGCCGGAAGGCCAGGGUCUCCCGGAGGUAGAAACAAGAGAAGAUGAAGAGCAGAAUGUCAAGUUGACUGAAAUUCUGGAGCUCUUGGUUGCAGCUGGGUAUUUCAGGGCAAGAAUUAAGGGCUUAUCACCUUUUGACAAGGUGGUGGGAGGAAUGACCUGGUGCAUCACCACUUGCAACUUUGACGUGGAUGUUGAUUUACUCUUUCAGGAGAACUCUACAAUAGGUCAGAAAAUAGCUCUGUCAGAAAAAAUCGUCUCCGUCCUGCCAAGAAUGAAAUGUCCACACCAGCUGGAGCCCCACCAGAUCCAGGGGAUGGACUUUAUUCACAUAUUUCCUGUUGUCCAGUGGCUGGUGAAGCGAGCUAUAGAAACAAAAGAAGAGAUGGGUGACUACAUCCGCUCCUACUCCAUAUCCCAGUUCCAGAAAACCUACAGUCUGCCUGAGGAUGAUGACUUCAUCAAGAGGAAAGAAAAGGCCAUCAGGACAGUCGUUGACCUCUCUGAUGCUUACAAGCCUCGUCGGAAAUACAAACGCCAGCAGGGGGCAGAGGAGCUGCCGGAUGAAGAGUCUCGGAUCCAUGCCACACUUUUGGAAUAUGGCCGGAGAUAUGGAUUUAGCCGCCAGAGCAAAACAGAGAAGGCUGAGGACAAGAAAACGGCACUUCCGACAGGGCUGUUGACUGCAGAAAAAGCUGACGCCCACGAGGAGGAUGAGCUUCAAGCUGCUGAAGAGCAGCGUAUUCAGUCCCUGAUGACCACGAUGACCGCCAUGGCACAUGAGGAGAGCCGGCUGACCGCAAGCUCCGUGGGCCAGAUCGUGGGCCUAUGCUCUGCCGAGAUCAAGCAGAUCGUGUCUGAGUAUGCAGAGAAGCAGUCUGAACUGUCAGCUGAAGAAAGUCCAGAAAAGUUAGGGACCUCCCAACUACAUCGGCGAAAAGUCACUUCCUUGAACAAGCAGAUUCUGCAGAAGACCAAACAACUGGAAGAGCUGCAGGCAAGUCGUACUGACCUACAAGCCAAAUAUGAAGGAAAAAAGAAAACCCUGACCGAGCUCAAGGGUCACAGCGAGAAACUGGACAAAGAGCAGACAGCCCUCGAGAAGAUAGAGGCCAAAGCCGAUCCGAGCAUCCUGCAGAACUUGAGAGCCCUUGUAGCCAUGAAUGAAAAUCUGAAAAGCCAGGAACAGGAGUUUAAAGCACACUGUCGAGAGGAGAUGGCACGGCUGCAGCGGGAAAUCGAAAGCCUGAAGGCUGAGAGGGCGCCAGGCAGAGAUGAAAAGACCCUGUCUGGGGGAGAGUCACAUGGUGCCUUAACCUCUGCGAUGACGCACAAUGAAGACCUAGACAGACGGUAUAACAUGGAGAAAGAGAAACUUUACAAGAUCCGUCUACUACAGGCUCGAAGAAAUCGAGAAAUAGCAAUUUUGCAUCGCAAGAUUGAUGAAGUGCCCAGCCGAGCCGAGCUAAUACAGUAUCAGAAGAGAUUUAUUGAACUCUACCGUCAGAUUUCGGCAGUGCACAAAGAAACGAAGCAGUUCUUCACUUUGUAUAACACCCUGGACGACAAAAAGGUUUAUCUGGAGAAAGAGAUCAGCCUGCUGAACUCCAUCCACGAGAACUUCUCACAAGCCAUGGCCUCCCCUGCUUCCCGGGACCAGUUUUUACGUCAGAUGGAACAGAUCGUAGAAGGAAUUAAGCAAAGUCGAAUGAAGAUGGAGAAGAAGAAGCAAGAGAACAAGAUGAGAAGAGACCAGUUGAACGACCAGUACUUGGAAUUGUUAGAAAAACAGAGGCUGUACUUUAAGACUGUGAAAGAGUUCAAGGAGGAAGGCCGCAAGAACGAGAUGUUGCUGUCCAAGGUGAAAGCCAAGGCCUCUUGAACAUUCCCAGACAACAUCGCACGUCAUUGAUGUCUUCAUCUAAAUGCCAUGUAUCAGCUCUGAGAUGGUGAAAUGGUUCCGGACACUGCAGCAGAGAUGUAGGUGUGAUGAUCUCAACACGGGAUAUUUUCUUCCUCCUGUUUGCUCACAUUUCAUCUCCAUGUGGUUGUUGUCCAUGGGGUCGGACAGUGCAGACAUUGUGGCUUGGAUAACACCCAUCCUCCAGUGAAGAAAUGUGGGCAGUGUUUGUUCUCUGUGUCGAUUCUACUUUUAUUUCUCCAGUAACGUUGCACAUAUGAAGGUACCUGUAUUUGAAUGGACUCUGAAUAAAGAGGAAUUCAUUUGUUCAGUAAUGUUAAUUGAGCAGCUGCUGAGGAAGCACGGAGCAGGGUGCCACAGACACUGGCCCCAGAGCCUGACCGCUGGGAUUUUUUUUUUUUCUUAGUAAACAAGGCUUUCAGCUGAACGACCAGCCCACGUGAAUAUUGGUCACUUGGGCCUCUCACUUGCUGUGAUGCCUUUUGUUCCUGGUCCCUCGGGGGCCAGUCAGCAACCUUACUGGUAUAGCAACUAAAAUGAAAACUCCGUGUCUGCCCUUGGCUUCAUCACACUCACCCAAGUUCAUCUCACCAAAAAUUUAAAAAAAAAAAAAAAGGACCUCAGCCUGACACGUAAGAAUGACACCGCACUGCGCCUGCUCUCCAUGAGUCUCAGCCAGUCUCUGGGUGGUCUUGGGCGUCCCCCUCACUGGGAGCACAUCACAUGCUCCCUGCUGUGCCCAGGUCAGGGCUGGACCCAGAGGCGGGCUCGCCCACGGUCACCCCGCUCCAGGCCAGCGUGUAAAUCCUGGAGGGACCGGCCAUGAGCAGGUGCCGAGGGUGUCCAAGCAGCAAGAGCAGGCAGGUGUGUGGAGAUCCAAGGGCUUUCACGGAGCCGGCUGGGUUGGGCUGGAUCCGAAGGAGGACUCACAGUUCAAUAGAGAUUAGCAGGAAAGCCAUUUUGGAUAAAGUACGGUUGUGAUUAAAACUCAAGCGCAGGGAGAAUACAAGCCGUGCUUGCUGGGAGAGGGGUGGGUGGCCGGUCUCUGCAGGGGGCUCUAGAGAGCCGUCCGGAAAGGUGGACAGAGACUCACCCUUUGCAGAGCCUUGAUGGAAAGACAGCGGGCUUUACGUUCCCACCCGCAAGGCAGGAGGCCAUCCAAACCGAGCUCCUCCUGCCCCGGCCCUUCGGGGUCUUUCAGGGUCCGUGAACCGUCCGUGACGGCUUGCACGUCAUCCCACACCAGCCUUGCAGGUACCGGUCGGCAGGUCUUCAGGCUGUGAGGCAUAAAAGCGGAGACGUGCAGUGAGCAUGCUGUGUGCAGCUGCAGGGACGUUGUUUUUAGUUCCCUAAUGUGUGCGGUGAGCAGGGCUGGUGUGCACAGACUUAAAGAAUCCCAGGCUGGAUCCAUGGCCCUUGGCUUCUGUGCUGGCCCUGCGAGGCCCGCCCAGUGAGGAGGCUGCUGCCAGCGCCCCCGUGUGCUGAUGGCCCUGUUCCUGGCCAUGUGCUUCUCCACUUGGGUGGGUGCUGGUCACCUGUGGAUUCUGAAAGGACUCAGUGAGGCUGAAGCCAGUGGCUGCCAGAGUGCAGGUAGAGCUCCAGGGGCAAGGGAAGGAGCGGACGGUAGAACUGUGAACUAUCUCAGGUUCAGAAAAACACCUUGGUGGUCUUGCUGAGAAGCUCACAGGCCUAACUAACAACUUGUGAGCAGGUAGACUAUUCAUGUGUGGUCCCAGGUGGUGGGAGGAGAAAUGGGUUCUCCUGGGGGUCAUGGUGGCCCUCCUCUCUGGAUGACUGAAGAAAGUUGGGCAUGGCUAAUCCAGAGGAACUAAUGCGUCUUCCAGAAGUGGGGGUGUUGACUUUGGGCUGUGUUUCCACAGUUUCAUUCGGUUUUGGUAUAGGGAGGUAUCAGGAGAUGUUUCCAUUUUUAAGUCCCUUAGGACUAAGGGAUAAGGCCUGAAAAAGAUAAUAAAUCAGUUUCUGUUCCUUGAACACAUCUUGAAUUAAACUGCAUAAGCCAGUCUUGAGAAUUAUGUUUGCUACAGAUAACCCACAGCGUGGAUGGUGCCUUUGUGAGUAAAGAGGACAUUAAAUGUGCUUUAUAGUCAGGCCUCAGAGGUCAGGGGCCCUCCCAGGACUGGUCCUGUGUGCCCAGAGGAUGGCUGGCUGCUCUGCUGAGCCCACAGGCUUUUCUGGAGAUGACAAAUGCAUCACGGUUGUAAAGCAUGUGCUACCAGGGGAAGGAGGUUUCCCCAGGAGCAGUGCAUCCUCCCUGUUCAGCCAGGGCAGUGAGCUUGCUGACGGCUGGGGCCUGGGCUGGGCCCCCAUCCCAUGAGCAGCUUCGGGAGUCAGAGCUGCUGUGAGCAGGACAGACUGACGCCCUCCAGGCAUCUGGGAAGACGCUCGGGUUGUGUGUGUUACCGUCCGUGGCCUGGGUCCAGGCUCCUGGGUCACUGCUUGGCUAAUUGCACCCAGGGAGGUGCUGAGGUCACUCGUCAGGGGCUCGAAUGGGCACAGCCCAAGUGCGUCAGGCCUAAGCGCUCAUCGGAGUCUGCAGGGUGUGCUUUUAACCGGGUUCACUGCCCACGUUCUGUGGAGAGCUGGAUGUCCUGCCAGCAAAACCAGAAGGUUGAGGGGCUGGGAGACAGGAGACCUUUCCCGGGCUGAGGAUUCACCCCCUGACAAUCCCUGCAGCUCCUGGGCCUCCUGAAACCAGACGCAGGAGACGGGGGUCCUCGGGCUGUCACCGUGACCAGAGCAGUCCUGCCCGAGGGCACUUUGGGCCCGUGGCCUGCACACCUGUGCCACCUGAUCCCUGGCACCUCAGCACGGCCUCACGGUGCCCCCUCUGCAGGCGAUCAGGGACGUGGCCUUGUAGCAACAAGUUACCAUGGCUGAGCCCGAGAGGCGGUUAAUUGACUUGAGCGAAACUGAGGAAGGAAGUGCUCUGAGUCAUCCGUGGCCGCUGGUGGCCUUAAGCACAACUCGCGGCUCAGCCGGACAGUGAGGAGCCCCGAAGGGUGAGGGCCCCCCAUCUGUCCAAGCGGCUGGCCUGACCAAGAGAGGGGCCUGGUGUGAUGUGUCCUCAGAGUCCCCAGCCCUGACAGUUCUGUCUCAUAGCGAGCUCACGGUGAUAGGCUGAAAAUGCCGUGUGAAAAACUACUGUCAUGGUCUCCCUGCUCUCACAGUAAAUGUGUGGAGACGUUGGGGGGGGUUAGCUGCUGGUCUGCGGCCUCCUUGAUGACAUGGGGAAUGCGAUGGACUCUCCACGUCAGCCUCCCGUCAGUUCCUCAGACGUGCCAGGCUCACACUGCUUGGCCUCUGCCUGGACCGCUCUCCCUCCAAGAUUGAGGGCGAGGGCUUUCCCAGACACCUGGUGCUCGCACAGAUGCCUCGGUGUCAGCCUGCAGCCGACCACACAGCGCUCUCUCCCCUGCUCUCCAUCAAACGUCACCGUUUGACGGUGCCCUCCCUAAGUCCUGUGCGACACCUGUGAGCUGCCCUCCGCUCGGGUGUAAGCGGCAAAGGCAGGGACGUCGCCUGUAUUAUCCUCUGCCGUCUCCCUGGCAUCUGACUAGAGUGGAUCAGGAAACUCUGGCUGGAUAAAAUAGCUUCUCCAGACUGCAGCUAUGCAUCCUCGUAUUAGCAGAGUUUAGAUUGAACCUUUCUUCUGAUUUGUGCUUAGCUUGAGAAUGAGGGGGUGAUUUUAUUCAGCCACUUUAGAGGGUCUCAGAGUGUUUGUUACACUGUAACCUUGAUAGCUAAGAUGAGAAGGGUGUCUGAGGUUUCAGACGUUUCAAAGGCAUUACUUUUUGCAGAUGGUCCACCCCCAUGCAGAUGGGGGAAGUGGGGGGCAAAGGGAACACAUUAUUGUCAGAGAUGAGGUCAGGAGUAUGUCUUGGCUCAGAGUAAACCAUGCAUAAAGGUAGCCUGGCUGGCUGAAAUGACUGAGCCACAGGAAACCAAGCAGUGGGAAGCACCCUGGGAUACAGUGUUGGCGGAAGUAUGCACGGUACAACCCCAUGGAGGACAGUCAGACAGUGUCUAUCAAAAGUGAAAAUGCACAAACCUUCCAGGUCAGCAAUGCUAUGUCUAAGGAUUUUUCCUAUAUAGAAGGAAUUGCAUUUCAGCAUUAUUUGUAAUAGCAAGAAGAUGGAAACUACCACCAGCAUAGGGCAAUGGUUAAAUAAUUGUGGCAAAUCCACACAAUGGUAUAUUAAGCUAUUCUCUAUGUACUCCCAUGGAAUGAUCCCUCAGAUGCAUGGUUAAGUGGAGAUAAAGACUUGGCUUACUAGUGUUUAUUUCUGAAAAGGAAGAGGGUGGGGAAAAUGUGGCUGUAUAUAUACUUGUGUGUGCGGGCACAGUUAGAGAAUCUCUGGGGGGAUCCACAGGAUCCUGAAGGCUUUGGCUGCCUCUGGGAUGAGGGGUGGGGGUUACUUUUCACGGUUUACGUUUUGUACCUUUUGAAUUUUGUACCAUGUACAUGUAUUAUCUAUUCAAAAAAUAAAGUUUUUUAAUUUUCA